CAGCAUUCAGUCUUCCUGCAAGAAAGAGGUUAGAUCUUUACUCCAUCAGCAAAAAUCUCGAAAAACAUGAAUCCCGAGACCAGUUUAACCAAUUGCAAGGUUUUUGGGAAGAAUCCGGAUAUCACAUUCGUCUUUCCGAACAAUGGCGGCGCUACGCUGCGCACGGAGCGCUACAAAUUGAUACAGAAGAGUGAAGUAUUCCAGAAGCAAUUCACUUCAUCGUCGUUUAAGGCAGAAGACAGGAUUAUCAUCACAGAUAUUUUCUUUGAUACUUUCUGCGAAUUGGUUGCUCAUAUCUAUGGCCAGAAUGUAUAUGUAAAUGAAGUGACUGUCUUGGAGCUUCUCUAUGCUACCAAAAAGUACUUCAUCAAUGAUCUGACCUUUUAUGUCAUAAAAACUAUCACGAGAUUCAUUGAUGACGGCAGGAUCAAUAUUGUUACUCAUUUCAAUUUCAUUAAUCAAUUUGAGAUAAAAAUUCUCGAUGAUUACAUGAAAGGGACUAUUCAGAAGUCUCCGCUGACGAUAAUCAAACAGCUGACCCUUUCAAAGCCCCACAAGAGGCUUCUGGAGAUCAUUUUGGAAUCUACAAGCUUCUCAAUUUCCGAAUUCGAACUCUAUACUGCUAUUGUGGAUAUGCUAAAGAGGAACUACGAAGGAAAACUCUACAGCGAGGAAGAUUUGCGGAAGGAAAUGGGUCGCAUGAUCUACUUGAUUCGUUUUCCAACGAUGACAGUGCGGGAAUUGGUGUCAUGCGCGAAGAAGCCUUCUUUGUUGAAUGAACGGCAGCUGUUGGAUUUUCUACUGUAUGUUCAGGAGCGAAUAUAUACGGAUACUCUGCAGUUCUAUUCUGUAGUAUCACGCACUAAAACGCCAGAACCUAUCGAGAAGGCUUUAAUCCUAUCUCGAUCUCCACCAAUUUAUACAAUACAGCAACAACUGCCGAUCUUGAGCUUAGAAUACGGCGGAAUGGGUGAAAUGAAUCCUCACCAGAAUUAAGGAAACGGGCUGUUGCUUUGUUAAAUCUUACUUCUCGUCGUGUUGCAUAGUUCUUUGUAUUACUGCUUAAGCUAAAAUGUGGAAUGAUGGGAAUGAUAGUGUUUGUCAACAUACUAUUUUUUAAUUAAAAUACUAUAAGAAAUGAA